AUGCCUAGGACUACACGCGGCCUAAGUCUUGUCGCCGCACCGCCUCUUCAAUCAACGAUAAUCGACGAGUCGAUUGCUAGUAACGUUUACGCCGCUAUAAAGCAAGAUAUGCGUAAGCAGCGCAAGGACACUCCCUUUUAUAUUAUUAAGAAGUACUACGAUAUUGUCUUUAAGAUAAUCUAG